AGACAGACGUAUGCGGAAACUAGGUUGUAAACAAAAACCGACACUACACUCACUACAUUCAUCUCCUGUGCCAAAAGAUUACAUUUUCGAAACAUAGUCAUAUUUUUGCAGAACGCAGCUCGUUGAAGAUGUUUGGCAGCGGUUGAUGCGGGCGCCAGGUCAUUCCUGUAAGAAGACGUAUUUUGGAGUUGUGGGCCCGCAGAGACGACUAUAGCAAACAUGUCUCGGAAGCAGACGGCAAAACCUGGACGCGGCAACAAGAGGAGUGAACUGGAACGCAAGAAGGACGAACGGGCGGCGCGCAGGGCCAUCGUGAAGGACCGCAGGAACCGGCCUCAGGAUGGCGAUGAAGCGGCGGAGUUUGUCAGUUUCUCCAAUCAGCUGCAGGCCCUGGGGCUCCGGCUGAGAGAAGUCCCCGGAGAUGGGAACUGCCUGUUCAGAGCGCUCGGCGACCAGUUAGAGGGUCACUCCCGGGGUCACCUGCGGCUCCGGCAGGACACCGUCCAGUUUAUGACGUCCCAUCGACAAGACUUUGAACCCUUUGUUGAGGACGACGUUCCCUUUUCACAACACUUGUCCAACCUCUCUCAGCCCGGGACCUUCGCUGGAAACGAUGCUAUUGUGGCUUUUGCUCGCAGUCAACAGGUGAAAGUGGUCAUCCAUCAGCUCAACACGGCACUGUGGGAGAUAAAUGGCGCAGAGAAAGAGGUAUGCAGAGAGCUGCACAUCGCUUACCGCUACGGAGACCAUUAUGACAGCGUGAGGCAGACUGGGGACAACGCUGAGAGUCCUGCUCAGCUCCGCCUAGAGAAUCUUCAGAAUUCACAAGCCCGGCAGCGUGAGUUUGGGGUCGGCCAAUGGGACGUAAGGAAAAACCCUUCACCCACCGCCUCGGAGGAGGACAACGUGAUCCUGAGCUCCAUCAGGAAUCGAGGAAUCCACGUUGACGAGGAGAACCUGCUGCAGCUGAGCGCGGCGACCAUCAACGCGGAAUGGCUCGUCGGCGCCGUGCUCUGCCAGUCCUGCCAGGGCCAGAGCGCCUCCGGAUUCUGCUCAGCCUGCCAAGCUUCAGCCACGGAGUGCACAGAGCCCAAACCGCCAGCAGAGGGCAGCAACGAACACACGCCAAAGUCCCAUCCUCACUCUCAGGUAUCGAACAAGCAGAGGAAAGAGCAGCAGCGGCAGGAGAAGAAGAAGCGUCAGGAGGACAGGCAUCGGCAGAAGUUUCUCCAGACUAAAGGGAGCCAGGACCAGAACCAACCAGAGGCUGUUACUUUAGUACCAGCUCUCAACACUCUCAGCAUAUAGACCGGGGCGUGGCCAAAACCACCUACUGUUACUCCAGCUACCGGUGGCUGGCGCUGUUUUUGCACAUCUUUAAAAAAAAAAGUCAUUGGGUCACAGCGGAUGACUUUUCCUCAAGAGAACCCUAUAGUUUCGGUGCCUGCAAACUUGCGUGUGUGUGUGUGUGUGUGUGUGUGUGUGUGUGUGUGUGAGAGAGAGAUAGAGAGAGAGUUGCAAAAGACAGUGAAAGGGCACGACCUUCAGUGUUUUGACCGUGUUUUGGCCUUUCCCAUUUUUCUAUGCCGGACAUCUCGCUUGAAAUCACAACGGCGUGGGCAAUCUCGUGCAGCUGGGUUCGCAAAGAAUGACGUAUGAUCAAUGAUUUGUUACGCACACUGUGGAAGGAAUGUGGCAAUAAAUACUAUUAAAUUAUCA